GUCAAUCAAACGAAGUUUCGAUAGUGCAGUUUAAUUUCAGCGCUCGAUUUCGAAUACGACGCUUCGGCUUCUUUCCUAUUGUAAAAUAGAAUUGUAGUAAAAGCGUUCUGGUUACACGAUAGAAUAUAGCCAUGUAUCAACCACGUCGCACCAAAGACUUUCAUGAGUACGACGAUGGCGACUUUAACAGGCGGCAGACAAGAGCUCAGGGCCGUACCCUAGUCACUCCAUCGCCCAUGACGACCAUGCGUUCCUCGACACGACAGACGAUUCAGGGUCGUGCCAGUCGUUUGGGGCAACCGGCGCCUUUGGAUAGCGGUCGUGGCGCGCUUUUUGGACCACCCGGCUCAACGUCAAGGUCGGUUGGGUCUUCUGGAGCAACACCCAUGCGCAUGCGCGCCACCUCCGCAGAUCGUCCGACGGCCUUACACUCGGAUAAGAAGUGGGUUCAGGAGACGGCGCAACAAAUAUCCGAUUAUCUGCAGCAGCUGUUGCCCUCGCAUCCAAUGCCUGGUCUUUCCAGCGAUUUUUUUGAACGCAACACGCUGCGCCAAAUGUCAACAAAGCAAUUUGUGGGCAUUGUUAAUUUGUUCUUGCAGCAAAUUAUGCGAAAUCACACAAUAGGCAGCAAUCAUGUAGAAGACAUUAUGAGCUCAAUGCAGAAGAUUAAAUAUCCGUAUACACUUAACAAGUCCUGGCUUAUGACGCCCACCACGCAGCAUUCGUUUGGACACGUGAUUGUUAUGUUGGACUUUCUGAAGGACUUUGCGCCGCCGUUAGACAAUGCGGAGUCCAAUCAGUUCCCCUUCAUGGACACAAGCGAACAACACAGCUAUAUGCAUAGCAAUACUACUGACUGUUCCUCUGCUCUGUCAACCACCCAGGCGGCGGCUUUUCAAUUAGACGAGGAAGCUAAUGGUCAUAUAUAUGCCGCUGCCGUACCUGGCUUUAUUGCAUGGAACGAUGGAAAUGAUGACGAGUUCAAUGAAGCGCAGUGUAGGAUUGGCGACUAUCUGAUCAGAAAACGUUGCGAUUUGCCCAAUGUGGCAGCUAUCAAUGCGGAUAUAGAGACUCAGCAGCACAUUCUCAAGGAGCUGGAGGAGCAAGUGGCUGCUCACACUGACGAGAAGAAGGAGCAACAGCUAAAGCAGCUGCAUGCGGAGAAACAGCGUAAGCUCAAAGAGCUCUCAGCAACUAGAACAAAUACUACGGACCUCUGGAAAAAAUGCGAACAAAUGUGCGAAAGUAGCAAACUCCAAACGCAGGAACUCAAGAAACUGCGCACACAGCUUGGCCAGUUAAAGCAAGCAGUCAACCAACAGAAAUGGACAGUACAUCAAUGGGAAAGCCUUAAAACCACUCUAGAGGACUUGCAACGCGAGGCGCAGGUGUAUGAGCGAGAGCAGAGUGAGCUCAACGACCGAAAUCUUACGCAGCAAGUGAUGCUGUCAAGGACCAAGAAGCAGCUCCUUGAUCAACUGGAACAGUUCAAUACCAAUCUGCGUGAGAUGCAUUAUUCUGGGCUGUGCAGCGACCACGAAAUGGAUAAAUGGACGCUGAAACUACUCCUCAACCAUAGUAAGGCGCAAAAGAGACUUCAAAAAAUAGAAGAGUUAAGCGCUCUGGCGAAAAAGAAGCAUGUUCAAAUGAAACAACGUUGUCAGCACCUGGACCAGCUUCUAACGAAGGCCUCAGCCACCAACACAAGUUUACAGCUGGAGCUGAACCAAUUUAAUGCCCAGGCAUUGGCUCAUAAGCGGCAGCAGCUGGCGAAUUUCGAUGCCAACAACAAGACCAAACAUGCCAUGUGGGCACAACACCGUCUCGAUGUAAACGAACGUCACAUGGAGCUAGACACCAAGUUGGAACAGCUGCAGCAGAGCAUUAGUGAGUUCGACCAAGAUCUAUCCAACAUACAGCAACGAAACAAUGAAGUUAUGUGUGCAGCUGAGAAAAGGCAAGAGGAGCGCAUGCAGUCUAAACAAAACUACAUAAAUAAGUAUGAACAGGUGCUUGAAGUGGCGCAGCAGGAGCUGCGCGAGUUCAAGAUCACGUUGGAUCAAAAUAAUUCGGUAUUGGUUGGUGCAAGAGAACAAAUAAAUGAUCCAAUCGACGUCUCUGCUUUCAAAGGGGAUCUGGAGCGGAUCUUGAAGCAAAAUAGCAGCUAUACUCAGAAUAAUGACUCAGACUGCCCCACGUCUCAGCCAAACGGUCAGAUGCCACCUUCGCAGCUCGACUCAGGCGAGAAGAUGGACAAAGUGCAGUCUAGGAUUGUCGACUAUUUGAAUAGCAAACGCGGUGACGUUUCACAUCUAGAGGCCCUCAAUGUAGACAUGGAGCUCCAGCAGCAAGUUCUUAAGGAGCUGGAGAAGCGAGUGACUGCCAUGGUCGACGAGAAUAAGGAGAAUCUGCGAGCCGACGAAUAACAUCUCUGCCCACAAAGUUGGGAAACAUUAGAAAGCUGUUGGAAUUGAAAAAUUAAUUUAAAGAUGUUGCGUUCUGUUUUAAAUGCACAGGUACGUUGUUAUUUACUUAUUUAUAUAUUGUAAAAGAUUUUGAAAUAAAAAGUUAGUGGAAACUGAUUCCAAAGCAACAA